AUGAAUCAAGUUCUUACACGUUCCAACAGGUAUAACUGACAAUAUUCUCACUGAAAAGAAUUUAUCGCAAAAUUGUAAUGUAUAUAAUUAUCAAAAUAAUAAUUUUUAGAGCUUUAGCACUAAACUGCGACUCCGAAUUGAAUGUAAAUGGAGCUAAGGCAAAGAAUUGGAUAAAAGGAAAACCUGUGCGAGUUAUAAGAAGUAGUAACUCAAAACACUCAAAAUAUGCUCCGGAGUUGGGUUAUAGGUAGGCAUAAGACGUUUUAAGAUUGUUUUAAACUUGUUCAUUUUUUUUCUACUUCUUCAUUCCAACUCAACGGAGGAUCGGCUAUCUUCAAUAAAGACUUUCACUUGACCAAUUGUUUUAAAUGUAAAAUUAUAAUUACAAUUUGAAAGUGCGAAGAAACAAUAAUUAUAAAAACGAACACCGUGUAAAUAGGAACUACCAUAAAACCUGAUUCUAUUGAAAUUUAUCCCAUAAUUUUAUAGGUAUGAUGGUCUUUACAAAGUUGAUUCAUACUUCCCAGUACGCGGUUUAUCCGGGUAUAUUGUUUGGCGGUAUGUAUUAAAAAGGGAUGAUCCAGCACCAGCACCUUGGACACAAGAAAGCACAGACAAUAUGGCCAAAAAGGGUCGGGAAAUAAUUGUAAGUUCUGUUAAAAAAUAUCACAAUAUAAAUUAUUGGGAAAAUUAUGUAUCGUUUCAUUGUAAUUUUUUUUAAGUUUCCUGAAAAUUAUAACAUCAAAACAACAAUCAAACAAGAGAAAAGGCCUUUCAAAGAAAAUGAGGAGAGUAAUGAGCCUACGAGCGGUUCAUCAAAAACAGAAGGCAUUACGGAUGGUAUGAAAAAGAAGAUUAAACUUAUGUAUACACUCAAACCGGAAUUAGAAGAUUUUAUUAGAUACGAUACAGAGAAUGAAAAACGUUGGGCUGAAUGUAUGGGUUUUUUGGAUAAAGGAAAAAAG